AUGAACAGAAACAUUCUCACAGUCCUUCUUCUGGUUGUUGGUAAGUUAAUCCCCUAGUAUUUAAAUUGUAGAUCAUUUUGAAUUGCAAAAAUGUAUUCUAAAAUCUAUGCUUUAAUUUUCAACAGCAUCAGGGAAUGCCCAAAGCCCAACAACUAAUGUCCCCACUACAAAUACAGCUGCUGCAACCACAACCACAGCUGUCGCAACAACCACAGCUGACACCACAACCACCAGACCUGGCAUAACAACUACCACAGUUGCUGCCACAACGACCACAGCUGCUUUGACUACAACCACAGCUGUACCAACUACAACUACAGCUGCUACAACUACAACUACUGCAGCAGCCACAACAACAACAGCUGCUGCCAUGACAUCCACAGCUGCUCAGACUACAACCAAAGCUGUUGCCACAACAACCACAGAUGCUGCCACAACAACCACAGAUGCUGCCGCAACAACCACAGCUGCUCAAACUAAAACCAUAGCAGAUGCAACCAUGACAACAGCUGUUGCCAUGACAACCACAGCUGCUCCAACUACAACCACCGGAGCAGCCACCACAAUGACAGCAGCUGCCACAACAACCACAGCUGCUGCCACAACAACCACAGCUGCUCCAACUACAACCACAGCAGACACACCCACAACCACAGCUGCUGCCACCACAACCACAGCUGCCACCACAACCACCACAGCUGGCAUAACAACUACCACAGUUGCUGCCACAACGACCACAGCUGUACCAACCACAACUACAGCUGCAGCCAUGACAACCACAGCUGCUCCAACUACAACUACUGCAGCAGCCACGACAACCACAGCUGCUGCCACAACAACCACAGCUGCUUCCACUACAUCCACAGCUGCUGCUACGACAAUCACAGCUGCUUCCACUACAACCACAAUGACAGCUUAUCCAAUGACAACGACAGCUGCUGAUACUACAAACACAGCUGCUGCCACAACAACCACAGGUGCUACAACUACAAAAACAGCAGACGCAACCACAACCACAGCUUCUCUUAGAACAACCACAGCUUCUCCAACUAUAACCACAGCUGUUCCUACGACAACCACAGCUGCUGCCACCACAACCACAGCUUCCGCCAUGAACAACACAGCUGGCAUCAUGACUACCACAGUUUCUCCCACAACAACCACAGCUGCUCCAACUACAACCACAACUGUUUCCAUGACGAGCACCACAGCUUCUACCACGACAACCACAGCUGUUCCUACUACAACCUCUGCAGAUGCUACCACAACCACAUCUGCUCCAACUACAACCACACCUACUGUCACAACAACAACAGCUUCUCCAACCACAGCUGCUUCCUCUACAACCACAGCUGCUACCAAAACAACCAUAGCUGCUGCCACAACAACCACAGCGUCUCCAACUACAACCACAGCUGCUGCCACGACAACCACGGCUUCACCAACUACAACCACAGCUGCUUCCUCUACAACCACAGCUGCUGCAACAACCAUAGCUGCUGCAACAACAACCACAGCUUCUCCAACUACAACCACAGCAUACGUAACCACAACCACAGCUGCUGCCCCGACAAACACAGCUGCUCCAACUUCAACCACAAAUGCCCCCAUAACAACCACAGCUGCUGCCACCAAAACCAUGGCUGCUGCCACGGCCACCACAGAUGGCAUCACGACUACCACACUUGCUCCCAAAACUACCACAGCUGCCACCACCACCACCGCUGUUGCCACAAUCACCACAGAUGCUGCAACCACAACCACAGCUGUCGCAACAACCACAGCUGACACCACAACCACCAGACCUGGCAUAACAACUACCACAGUUGCUGCCACAACGACCACAGCUGCUUUGACUACAACCACAGCUGUACCAACUACAACUACAGCUGCUACAACUACAACUACUGCAGCAGCCAUGACAACAACAGCUGCUGCCAUGACAUCCACAGCUGCUCAGACUACAACCAAAGCUGCUGCCACAGCAACCACAGAUGCUGCCACAACAACCACAGAUGCUGCCGCAACAACCACAGCUGCUCCAACUAAAACCACAGCAGAUGCAACCAUGACAACAGCUGCUGCCAUGACAACCACAGCUGUUCAAACUACAACCACCGGAGUAGCCACCACAACGACAGCAGCUGCCACAACAACCACAGCUGCUGCCACAACAACCACAGCUGCUCCAACUACAACCACAGCAGACACACCCACAACCACAGCUGCAGCCACGACAACCAUAGCUUCUCCAACUACAACAACUGCAGCAGCCACGACAUCCACAGCUGCUGCCACAACAACCACAGCUGCAUCCACUACAUCCACAGCUGCUGCUACGACAAUCACAGCUGCUUCUGCUACAACCACAACGACAGCUUAUCCAAUGACAACGACAGCUGCUGAUACUACAAACACAGCUGCUGCCACAACCACAGCUUCUCUUAGAACAACCACAGCUUCUCCAACUAUAACCCCAGCUGUUCCUAUGACAACCACAGCUGCUGCCACCACAACCACAGCUUCCGCCAUGAACAACACAGCUGGCAUCAUGACUACCACAGUUUCUCCCACAACAACCACAGCUACCCCAACUACAACCACAACUGUUUCCAUGACGAGCACCACAGCUUCUACCACAACAACCACAGCUGUUCCUACUACAAUCACUGCAGAUGCUACCACAACCACAGCUGCUCCAACUACAACCACAUCUACUGUCACAACAACAACAGCUUCUCCAACCACAGCUGCUUCCUCUACAACCACAGCUGCUACCACAACAACCACAGCUUCUCCAACUACAACCACAGCUGCUACCAUGACAACCACGGCUUCCUCUACAACCACAGCUGCUUCCUCUACAACCACAGCUGCUGCAACAACCAUAGCUGCUGCCACAACAACCACAGCUUCUCCAACUACAACCACAGCAUACGUAACCACAAACACAGCUGCUCCAACUUCAUCCACAAAUGCCCCCAUAACAACUACAGCUGCUGCCACGGCCACCACAGCUGGCAUCACUACUACCACACUUUCUCCCACAAGUACCACAGCUGCCACCACCACAAUGGCCACAGCUGCUUCGACUACAACCACAGCUUCUGCGAUGACAACCACAGCGAAACCAACUUCAACCACAGCUGCUUUCACAACCACCACAGCUGCUCCUACAACAACCACAGUCGCACAAACGACAACUAAAAUUACUCCCACAACCAACACAGCCGCUGCAACUACAACAAUAGAUUCAACAGCUGCACCAACAGCGGAUGAGGGGUCACUGGGAUUAGGAUUCAGAAUGAUCCGUACAUUCCUAAGUGACUAUUCUGACUCUUCUACAACAGCAUAUCAGGAACUGGCAGCAAAUGUUACCACAGAGGUAAUCAGCGUGUCUUUGAACAACAUUCUGACUUCACUGCUGAAAUUAUUGAUUGAAAUUAUUGAUAAUAAUAUUUUUUUUUUUCACAGGUUAAUCGUGGUUACAAAAUAAUUUACCCUUUAACGUACCUAAGGUGUAGGAUUAUGAAAUUCGCGUAAGUACAAUUAAUUGUUUUCUGUAAAUCUGAGAAUGUCUCCAUUCAAAUAGAAUGAUCUAGAAAUAACAGUGAUACAGUGAUAUAACAAGUUUGAAUUAUACAUAAAGAACACUUCAUAAUAUUUACUCUACACAUUGAUUUGUUUUCAUAAUACUUUUUUGGAAACAACUGUUUAAGCAUCUGACCUGAAAAGAAAAACUAAAUAUGUAUAUAUUUCUUUGUUUACAGGAGUGGCUCCAUUAUUGUCAACAUUACCCUUAUUUUCAAGAACCAGACAGUGGUUCCCAAUGCAACGAGUGCAGAGCAGGGAUUGACUGACUCUCUGUCUCAUGGGAACACCUUCCUCAACAUUGAUCCAACCUCCAUUACUGCA